AUGGAACAAAACGUAACAAAAUUCGAUCUCAUAAUCCUCGGAGCUUCAGGUUUCACAGGCAAAUACGUUCUCAAAGAAGCACUCAAAUUCCUCAACAACUCAUCCCAAUCACAAUCUUCUCUCAAUUCCGUAGCCAUCGCUGGUCGAAACCCUACAAAACUCGCCCAAACCCUAAAAUGGGCUUCAAACCCACAUCCACCGCCGAUUAUCCCAAUUCUCCCUGCCGAUACGUCCGAUCCAUCCUCCCUUCGUUCCCUCUGCUCCCAAACCCGCCUCAUCCUCAAUUGCGUCAGUCCUUUUCGUCUCCACGGGGAAACCGUCGUUUCCGCUUGCGUUGAUUCGGGUUGCGAUUAUCUCGAUAUUUGCGGCUAG